ACAUAUGAAGCGGUAUACUCGCGAUUCGUGAUCCUGAUGCAUAAUAAUCGUAACCUAACUUAACUUAUUUAUCUCUAUAUAAUAUAUAGUGAAGAGUGGGCAACAGGGCAAGCGUGAUUGUUUGGAAAACAAGACCCUAAUUUCUUUUAAAUCAUUGGAUCUUGAAACAAUGACGAUGAUGUCCGAUCUUUCACAAGUUUUGGUAGGGAAGAUACUCUCUAGGGUUCCGAUAACUUCUCUCAGAGCAGUGAGAUCCACUUGCAAACGAUGGAACGCUUUAUCCAAAGAUGCGGUUUUGUGUAAAGCAGAAGCCAUGCAGCCGUUUCUAGGGUUCAUGAUGAUGGAUUAUAAGCUUUGUUCAAUAAGAUUCAAUAUCCAAGGAAUCCUCAACGAAGACGGUGAAGACUUUGUGGAUGCAUCAAUAAAGGAGAUAGGUAAUUUAAUUAAUCAAGUUGAUAUAUCUAAAGUUUUUCAUUGCGAUGGGUUAUUGUUAUGCGUCACAAGGGACAACACUAGCCUCGUGGUCUGGAACCCGUAUAUGUGUCAAACCAGGUGGAUCCAACCCCGAAGCGCUUACCACAGGUUAGAUAGGUAUGCUAUCGGAUACGACAACAACCGUAACCAGAAAAUAUUGAGGUUUGUGGAUCAUCAUGGAAUAGACGGGACCCACGUUUUUGGGUACGAAAUCUAUGAGUUAAAGUCUAAUUCAUGGAGGGUUCUUGAUAUCACUCCCGGUUGGGAUAUAGAGUUUUAUCAACGUGGCGUGUCUUUGAAGGGAAACACUUACUUUUUUGCUAAAGAGAAAAUAGUGUUCGGAGAAUAUGGAGAGAUGCCAGAGCCGCCAGAUUAUUUACUUUGUUUUGAUUUUACGACGGAGAGCUUUGGACAGUAUCUUCCUCUACCGUUUGAGCAUUAUAUUGAAGAUACUGGGACUCUAUCUUAUGUUAAAGGAGAGAAACUCGCGGCGUUAUAUCAGAACAUGAGUACAUAUGAGUUGGAGAUAUGGGUUACAAGUAUGAUUGAGCCUAAUGUGGUGUCGUGGAGAAACUUGUUUAAAGUUGAUAUGAAACCACACACUGGUUUGGGUUUUCAGUUUGAGGUUGAAUCUGGGAGUUUCUUCAUCGACGAAGAGAAGAAAGUCGCCGUGGUUUUUGAUCUAGAUGAAUCUCAAAGCUACAAAACGGCUUACAUCAUUGGAGAGAAUGGAUACUUGAAAAGAGUGAAUCUUGGUGAAGCAUUUGUGAAUCUCGAGGAAUCUCCCUAUGGUUACCCACAUGUGUCCCCUUAUUAUGUUCCAAGUUUAGUGCAACUCAACCAAUCCGGCAAAAGGAAAGAACAAGCAUAUUAGUUAGGCCCUACUUUUGUUUUGUUUCUUGCAUCAUUCUCUGUUUUCUUUUCUUUGUCAUUUUUUUUUUGAACAAGAGUACUAGUUAAUUAUUAUUUGGUUUUUAUUUAUCUUACUCAUUCAACAAGUCGUAUUGAAUUUGCACCACCUUCGUGAUACUUAACAAGAGUACUAGUUAAUUAUUAUUUGGUUUCAAUUACAAAUAUUUUACAUGGCUGGAUUUGGAUAAUGAUGAAAAAGCAAGUAGUCGACUUU